UGCUGGCGGAUGGCUUGUCCGCCUGCGAAAAUAUGUUUGGGCCGCUUGGGAAAGGUGUUUUUCUAGUAGUGUACACCUUAAAAUUGAGUUAGGAAUUUCAAAAACAUAAAUUUUGAAACAAUUUUUGUAUUUAUACUGGGCAUGCUCUGAGUUGUGGAGAACGAGAUCAGUGAAGAUGGGUUUUCAAUUUUUGAGUAUCUUUAUGGAGAACUUGUUGGAGUUUAUUUUAAAACUAAAAGAAAUCCAAAAUCUAGGAUUGGGAGGUGCUGUUGGGCACGGUAUUGUAACCGAGGUUCAUAAAAUUCUAGGAUUGGGAGGAGCCAUCGGUUUUCGUGUUUUUUUUUUACGUUCUGACGUGGCGCUAUUUUUAUUGGAAUUUCUAAUGCUUUCCGAUAAAUCAAAAUGUCAAACAUUAAAAUUGAUCAAAAUUCAGCGGAAUUUAUCGAAAAGCGGUCGAAAAUCAUGAUACGGAUAGAGCUUGAAGGCCCCCUUUGAAUCAAAUGAAAAACCAUAGGAAUUCUAGAGGAUUUUAUCCUAUGGGAAAUAAUCCUAUAGAGUCAUUUGAAACAAAGGAUUGUUUUCUAUCAAUUCCUUUGAAAUUCCUAUGGAAUGAACUUUACUAGAGCAAUUUUGGAGGAAAAUAAGCAUGAGGUGAUGAGGUCUCACCUCAUGUUUUUCUCUUUAUGUGUCUAAGGUUCCUGUAUUUUUCCUGUAUGCUAAUCAAACGAUAGUUUGAAGACUUUUCUGUGUUUCAAAAUCCCAUAGGAAUCCAAUAAGUGUGGCAUUUAAUUCCUACGUUUUUCCUAUUCCUCUGUUUUCUCAAUCCUGCGAUUCAAAGGUGCCCGAAUUCUAGCGGUCAGCUGGUAAGGUAAACCCUGCUUGUACAGUACAAUAGAGUAAUAGACAAGCCAUAACCACAAAAGUACUGUAGUAGUGAAAAAAAAACCAGAAACAGCCGCAAUCAAACACUCUUGAAAACCCUAAUCCCCAAAACUCAGCAAAACCCAACUCGUGUUUCGUUCGCAAAGUGCCUGUGCAAAGGCUCAAAUCCCCAAAUCCAUCGAAGAAAUCUUGAGGAGACUUCGUUUGGACGUUUUCCCAGCGCGCUACAGUGUUUUGCCCCCGCGCACGCUUUUCAAACUACUACACGGUGUACUUUUUUGCAAAAAGUUUCUAUACAAAAGUUGCUUAAAAAAAUCAAAUUAAUCCAUUUUUGAAAAAAAAAUUAGCUAAUACUUAAUUAAUCACGUGUUAAUGAACCGUUUCGUUUUCCGUGUUACUGUAGCGCGCUGGGAAAACGUCCAAACGAACACAGCCCUAAUCCGUGGCGUCGCCGAUGGAGCGCACGGACGAUGCGGUGGAGGCGGCCAUUUGGGUACUUCCCAAUCCGCCCGACUGGAGCGUGUUCCUGUUACCUCCCGCAGGAGCACGGGAGGGAGGCGGCUACGACAACGACAGCCGUGUCGAGAUCAGCAUCACCACGGGCACGGGGGGACACCAGGAGCGAGGCGCCUCCUCGUCUGCCGGCGGGCUCAGGGAAGGCGGCGCUGCGCGCGAGGUGGAGCGCGGUGGCGGAGAUGUAGGCCUCACGGCCACCGCCAUCUCAGGACGCCGCCGUGGAGAUGGAAGCCUCGCAGCAGGCAGCAGCAUCGCUGGAGGCCACGGCGGAGGUACUGCGGACGACGAGCCCCACAGCGAGGGCACCGUCGCGGGUGCAGUCCAAGGCCAUCUCGCUGGAGUGGGAAGCCUCCCCACACCCACAGACGAGGCAUCGCGGUUUGAGGGCAGGUAUGAGGAUGACUAUAACCCAUAUGUGGAUCUCUACAAAUUUGGGCGACCGGCUCCUGAUUUCUGGUAUAGCGUCUGGAUGCGUGGCCCCCUCGUUUUGCAUGAUAAGAAACUGUUACUGGCUAGUGAUUCUCUUGGUGUUCAUAGAGGUGGGGAGAUUCCUGAUUUGGCAGAUGCUAUAACUGAUGUUCUAGAUAAUCAUCCUGGACCAGUUUCUUACUUCAGAGUAGAUUCCACCACAUGGACUGAUGACAAUCAACUAGUCAAAUGGUUUGAAACUCUAUCCAACAAGUCUGUUGUAGAGAUCACAUUGCUAAACAUUGGUUGUCCAGUUAGCACAAUACUUCCUAUCAGUGAGCUCUUGUCUCCUAACCUCACAACUCUUCGUGUUGGUUUUAUGAAGAUUCUCGAUUCUGACCUUCUGUCAUUUGAGUAUUCGUCGUUAAGCGUGCUUCAACUCAUUGGUUGCUCAUAUCGAGGAGCUGAUCUAAAUUAUCUUGUCAGUACUAGCAAUACACUAAUUGAGCUCAACAUUGGCUAUUCAAUGGAAGAUCUCACAGUUAAUUCACAGAGUCUACAAGAACUGCACAUAUGGAAUAGCAGGGGGGGCUUUCUUUCCGUGGAAUAUGCUCCAAACCUCAAGUUGUUGACCACGGGCCUUAGACCAAAGAAAGGAAAAUCUUUCAUCUCGAUCACAUUAAAAGGGGCUCCUUCCUUGAGAGAGAUUGAUUACCUUCUGCUGCCGUCAUCGAGUCACCCUAAAUGACACAAUGAUCUCAAAGGAGAUACGAUGUGUUUCAUCUAUCAGGCAACUCCAAGUGGGUGUGAACUUUGCAGAACGAAGUCACAGAGCUAGUCUUCGCAAUAUACUUGAAUGUUUUCCAGAAUUAUCAAUGCUUGUGAUUUGGAGGAUGGAUGGUAUUGUCUAUGAUAAAGGAUCUGAUGUACUAUUCGAUAGCUCUUUUGUGGGUCUUGGUAGUGUCUCUUGUGUCAAGACACGGAUACAGUAUUUUGAGUUAGAAGGUUUUCGUGGUGGGCCAGCUGAGAUGGACAUUGCUCGUGGGAUCUUAAGACAUGCUUCCAGGUUGGCUAAAUUUGUCCUCUCACAUCACAAAAACUACAGUGAGGAAGAUCUGGUGGAGCAACUUGAAGAGAUAAAAACUUGCAUUCGUGCUUCAGAAGAUUGUAUUAUUGAAGUCCACCCACUAAAAGACUCACCUUAUUAAAGCACAAAGGAAAAGGUAUACUCUCUCCUUGUUUUUUCUUUUUUUUUUCUUUUUGGCUAUAUGGGGUUGGAUAGUGGCACUCAGUCUCAAAUUUUAUUGUUUUGAACCCUUUCCCGUGCUAAGUGAUUUUGGAUUUUGGACUUGUUGCUUAUAGAUUAGUUCCCCUUGUAGUUAACCACUUAAUAGUUGUCAGAACUGGGCUGAUGGGUCAUGUGUCGUGCACAGCAAGAUGUGUUGGUCGAGUCAAGUAGUGUCUGAGGUGUUGAUUUAGAAUAUGGAACGAUCACAAUGGAUCCUGUGGAUGUUCCAUUAAGAUGACUCAAUUAGCAGUAGCUGGCUAGCAGUUGUUCAUAUAAUGGUUAAAAUGACAGAUAAAAGUAAUGCACAGAUUGCUUGAAAUAGAAAUUAUCCAUUCACAAAGGAUCAUCCAAUUUGGUUUUAUACUUACGCCCUGUUUAUAGAGUCACAACUGCCUCUAUAUCUAUUCUCGCGACAAAAAUGGAGAAAAGCAUAUAGAAGAAAACAAAGACUACAUGGCACUGACAGUGCUUGGCAAUAUUAACUAUUUAGUGCUUUGAUUGACUGCAGUGUGAAACUAUGAGUUGCCUUUGUAGUGCCAUGACUUAUUGAUUAAACAUAAGAAGCAUUACAAUCUUCAAGCAAGAGAUGCUUGACACAGUCUGGAGCCUCAGCUAACCAAACAGCACUACUGCCGUAGUGUAUAAUAGCAUGCUGAGCUAGCUCAUGUGCUACCUUAUUUUGGUCUCUCUUAACCUUUGCUACACAAACCCCACCCAGUAAACUCAUCAACUCAUUUGCAUCACUUAUGCAGCCAGAAUUACAAGACCAAUAAAUACAACUCAUUUGCAUCACUUAUGCAGCCAGAAUUACAAGACCAAUAAAUACUUGGUUUGCAACGACUGAUAAGCUAAGGUGCCUUCUACACAAGCUGCAAAUCCGGUUUCUUCCAGCAUUGAGCAAUUUACUGGCCAUGCCAGGAAGAUAACUGAGUAUUGCCUGCACUAUCUCUAAUCACAAAUCCUUCACCAGCUCGCCCAAUGACAGCCAUGAAACCGCCAUUCACAUUUAACUUCAAAUAACUAGGAUCAGGGGGUCCCCAUCUUUCCGAAGGGUUGGGAGUCUGUAUCUUUGCCUUUAGUUUUAAAUUCUCCCCAAAAUCAAAAUUUUCCUUUCCUGUCUUUCCCUUCUUGUUCACAUAUUUACAUUAGCAAGUUAUGCAUUGCUUCCAACAAUCUUAUAGCACCCUCUAAAUUAAUUCCCCUUUUCCAUGAGUAAUAUCAUUUCUUACAUUCCCGCAAAAAAAAUCAUUUCUUACAUUCCAAUUCUUCCAAAACACAAACAUUAAUUAGCUUUUUCAUCGACAGAUAUUCUAUCCAUUAAUAAUAAGAACCAAUCUGGACCAGAGGUUUCAUCCUUUGGCAAAGUCUAGUGCUACCGCAUACCACGUAGUAAAUGUUCUAGAGUGGGGACAAUUAACCACUGCAUGAUAAGUUAUCCUCCAUAGCAUCCUCCAUAACACUGCCAGAGAAAGUAUUAGUAGCCACGGUGUUCAUCACAAGCCAACCUCCAUGCAAAAUUUUAACCUUCGGUGGUACCUCAGCUUGCCAAUUAUAUUUGUAGGAAGGUCUGUCCCUUCUUAAACUACUAACUGUAUGCACUUUUGACUGAAAAGAUACCUGUUUUCUCAAAAUGCCAUGCCACUACAUCAUCGACUGGCCUCUUGUGGAUCCUUAUCUUAAGAAUUUCUUCAGCAUCAAUUGGCAAGAACUCCUAAUUAAUCACAUUAGGUAACCAUUCACAACUAGUAGGGUCUAUAAGAUUCGAAACUACAUUAGGUAGCCAUUCACAACUAGUAGAGUCUAUAAGAUUCGAAACUAUUCUUACUGUUGAACACCGCUGGCGAGUAAUCAAAUUCAGGAAGUGUUCUUGUGUUAUCCAGUUAUCCAGCCACACCCUAACCAUCUCUCCUGAACCAAUCCUCAUAAUAAUGCCCUUUUUAAGCAAUUGCACUGUUCAAUACUCCCUCCGUUUCACAAUGUAAGACAUUCUAGUAUUUCCCACAUUCAUAUUGAUAUUAAUGAAUCUAGACAUAUAUAUCUAUCUAGAUUCAUUAACAUCAAUAUUUCUAGUGAAAAUACUAGAAUGACUUACAUUGUGAAACGGAGGGAGUAGCUCUCUAGGUGAGAAUGCAUUGCCAGCAAAAACUGUAUCAACAGGUUACCUGAUGGAAAGUAUUUCACUUCAGAAGCAUUGCAGUAAACUAUCUAGACAGAAAACUCGGCAUGCUUGCCGAGAGGAUAGAGUUUGGUUGAAAAGCUGCUAUCUCUCAAACUUAAGCCUCCCACACCGUUGGACAAUAACAUAUUCUCCCAAGAGCACCAGUGCGCUCUUAUUUUACCAUUUUCUGCUCCCCACCAAUAUUAUCUUUACCAUGUUCUGCUCCCCACCAAUAUUAUCGUGUCAUUUGCAUGAACUCCUCUUGUAACGAUGCUGGCAAUUUGAAAAUCCUCAUCGUGUAGGUAGACAAGGCUUGAAUAAUAGAUUUAAUGAAAAGUUUCUUACCUGCCACUGAUAAGUUACCUUCCACUCCUCAGCUAAUCUUUUCCACAAAUGUGCCUGAAGGCUACAUACUACUGACAGUGGUUGGCAAUAUUAAGUAUUUUGUACUUCGAUUGACUCUAGUGUGAAACUGAGUUUCCUUUGUAGUGCCAUGAUAAAUUUGAUAUGACUGUAUUCGGUCAACAGUAUCAAACAAUGGCUUAGCAAUAACAUUUUUGGUGGGAGCAUGUAAGAGCAAUAUUAGUUUUAAGUGAAAAUUAUGUGCCCGUUAAUUCAUUGCGAUACCAUAUCUAAUUGGUAUGUAAGGUGACCACGAGGCCGCCGCACGCGAACCGGUUGAUCUGCACCAGCAGCACAUGCGGCGUCGGCGCGUCCGUGUUGACCGGCGGGUGGAGGCGCGCGAGCUCCGGCGACGGCGCGAGCGGGAGGUGGUCAGCGAGCUCGGACGACACCUCGGCCUCCACGACGAGUGCGCCGGCGCCACCUCUGCCCGUGACGAAGAACGGGCGGCGACGGGCGCCGCGGCGCUCGAGGCGCGCGGUGAGGAGCGGGAAGUGCGGGAGCAUGGCGGAGAGAGCGUCGAGGAGGGCGCGGGUGGUCGGGUUGGGAGGCGAGAAGGCGAAGAGGACGGUGACGUGGUACGUCGGCGCGACGAGGUCGAACACGGUAAGCGGCACCUCCUCCGUCUCGCAUGUCGGCGGCGGCGGCACGACCAAAGUCCUCUUGACCUGCACUUCCAUUGUAUCAAUCUGGUUAGACAGAUAGAUAAACGAUGCUCUUGAGUGAUGAAUGGAUGGUGGCAAUGGUUCAUGUAUAUAUAGCAUGGCCGGUGCCGCUUGUGUACAUGUAUUGUAUAGAGUAUGUCACUAGGAGUGGAUUUUGAUUGCUCGAGGGGCCCUCGUUAUUUGCGUAUUA